AUGGCUGCCACCCUCGUGUUCCGCACGAAAAAGGACGAUGGUAGCCCUGACCAGACAAUCAAUAUACAGUUACAUCCUGGCAAAGAGUUCACCGUGAAUCGCACACCUGAUGACCAGUCACCUUCCCAUACUCUCGGCACUUUCGUGAACGAGCGCAACUGCUUGAACAUCGACUCAGGACUGAUCUCGAAGAAUCACUUCCGCAUUUACGGCAUUCAAUAUGAAGAUGCCGGCGGGAUAGAGUCGAUGUUCUAUUGCGAGGAUUCAAAGUCUAUAAAUGGGACUUACGUGAACAGAUAUCUCAUUGGGAGAAACGGCAAGACGAGCCGGCCCUUCCUCCUCAGCGAUGGCGAUAAAAUAAACCUGAAGCCUGACUUCAGUUUCAAAUUCAAACAGCCCAUCAACAGACGGAGAGAAGAAAUGGACCCGAUUCAGUUGGAACAGACGGCGUCGUUCGCGAAGCGGUAUUCCAUCAGCGAUCGACUUCUUGGAAGUGGUAUUUGUGGCAAGGUAUACCUGGCGACGGAAGUAGCAACGAGAAGACAGCUUGCAUGCAAAGUAGUCAGCCUCCGGGCGGCAACAGUUUUCUUGGAAGAUGGCCAGGCACGAGAGGGGACAAUGAGACUAGAAAGUCAAAGGCUCAAACGUGAGGUAGAGAUUCUCAUGAGGGUGAACCACCCGAACAUUGUAUCCAUCAGAAAAGCUUCUCGCUCUGCCGAUAAUUUGUAUUUAUUCAUGGAACUUGCUCCGGGUGGAGAUCUUUGCUCGUUCGUAUCGGCAAACGGUGGGCAUCUAUCGGACCUAGAUACCCGGGUCAUUGUAAGGCAACUUAUCCUCGCUGUACAGUAUCUCCAUUCGGUUGGGAUUGUACACCGUGACAUCAAACCCGAGAAUAUCCUGAUGAUGAACACGGCAGUUGGGUAUCCUGUUGUCUUAACCGACUUUGGCUGUGCAGCAAACUUGCGCGUGAUGAAAAGAAUGGGAUCUUUGGUCGGAACCUUUGAUUAUGUUGCACCGGAAGUCCUUCGUAUCGGGAGGUUAGAUGGUACAUCGUAUACCAAGGCUGUAGAUAUGUGGUCUCUCGGUAUCGUGACAUUCUGCUUGUUGACUGGGGAAUCGCUUGCUUCAUACCUCGAGAUGAAACAUAUCAGCCAGGAGGAUAUUACGGCGAGGCUUGACCGACUUUUCCCGAAUCUUGAAAGCAUCACCGAUCAUGCCAAGGACUUCUUGACAAAGCUCCUGAUGCUUGACCCCGCCCAUCGAAUGACCGCCGAUGAUGCGAUUGCGCAUAGCUGGUUCACCACCCCUUCGGAAAUGAGCCGUGAGCUCGAACAUCUCUACGAACGAUCUAUUGAAGGGUGGAUACCUCGAAGGGAUAUCUACAGUGCGGUCAAAUGCGUCCCUCGCAAUGGAUUACCGACAGACAUGAUAAAGACCCCCUCAAGUCAGUCCCAGGCGGACUCCGAUGAGUCGCAUCAAGAAUCCCAAAGCGAAAGGCGCCGCUCUAGGAAACCGAGCGACUACACAGCGUCAGUGUAUUUCAGCCUCGAUAAGCACACCCGUAAGCAUUCACAUAGGCAACAUCGCGGCAGAGAGGCAACACAGAGAAGUAAACAGCAGAUCAUCAAUGCCCUCAAUGAAUCUGGGGAACUGUUCGUGAAAGAUGGAGAUGUCUCGUCAUAUACAUCACCAAAUCGCAAGCGUGCGCGCACGUUACUCAAGAGGGUCCGAGACGUGUCGCCUACAGACCUUUUUGGGAAAGCGCCAGCAGCUCGCGCCGAUUCACAGCGGCCUCAGUCUAAGAAACCCAGAAAGCUCAGCCAGUCCUCAAGCGAUGCGGUCACUCGACUUGAUCAUGUGGAUGCAAGUCAGAGUCAUACACAGCUUGAACAACCCAGCCUCCUUACUGAAGAGGCAUUGAGCAUAAUCUCGUCCGCCUCCGGCUAUGGAAGCAGGGGGAUGAGGCCUCGCAGAUGGUCCACGGAGACGACCAACAAUGGAUAUUUACCGGACAGCUUUUAUGACAGUCUUCCAGAUGAGAUGGAGGGGUAUUUGAAAGGCGACCCUUGUAUGAUGGAAUGUUUGAAUGUUUGAGAAGACCAAGUCGGAGAGAACGUCGAGAGAAGUAGGUCAUUUUGGACUGGGGUGAACUCGUGGAUAACUUGGCUGAAUGGACUAAGUUUGCUAUUUUGUUGUCGAUUAGCUGGGCGUUACAUAUGAGGCUAUUCAAAAGGGGAAAGUGAUGGAAUGGGAAGAUACCUAUUGCUGGGCUGUUGGUUGCAGAAUAUGAUGUUUGCUUCGGAGGG